AAUUCAGUUAGUGUUACGGAUUAUUGCAUUGCUUUCGUAAACACAUAUACUUGGAAAUAUUCAGUAGUUUUUGACAACCGAGUUGCUGUACAGCUAUAUUUUUUUAUAAAUUAAACAAAAUCUGUGUUUAAAUAAGACAAUAGUUUAAUAAAACUUGAAAGUGACUGAACAUCCAUAGAGAUGACGAGUGCAAAGGUAGACAUUAACGGUUGGCCGGUUUGGUAUGAGAAGUUUGGGUCAGGACCUGAUGUCUUAUUACUUAUACCCGGAGCUAUUGGUACCGGCAGAAGUGACUUCAUGCCGCAACUGGAGGGUGAAUACGCAUUUGACCAGGAUAAAUAUACGUUGAUAUGCAUAGAGCUACCCGGUUGGGGUCGAUCCCGACCUCCGGAAAGGAGAUAUGAUCGCAAUGUCUAUUUAAAUGAUGCGGACUGUGCUCUCAAAUUAAUGGAUAUACUGGAAGGGGGAAAAAUCGGGAUUUAUAUGUGCAUUAAAAGUCAAACCCGUAUAAAGGGUCUGGUUCUGAUCUCGAUCUUCGUGAAGGUGACCCCACAGACAGUGGCCCCGACACUGGCCACACAAAACACCAGCCAAUGGCCACAAUUUCAUAUCAUAGAAUCUGAUUGA